AUGGCACCCACUCACAGUAAACCCAUUCCUGAACCAAGACCUCCUGGUGCUCAUAAAUGUGUCCUUGCUCUCGAGGCCAUGGCUGCGGAACACCAACAACGCCAACCUUCCAUUCAGGAUGCCGAUGCCGACGACGACAACCAAGAUAACGACCACACUGUGAAUACUAGUCUUCAACCACAAAAUGCAUCCUGUAUUCUUGAGGCGGCGGAUGGAAGUGAUGAUGUUGAGGCUGAUGUUGCGAUGGGUGGGUGGGGUGGUAGCUCUGAUGACGAAGAGAUGCCUGGUUUGGAAGACAUUGACACCAGUGACGAGGAAGAUGAAGACGAUGCGGAAGACGAAGACGAUGAGGAAGGGGAGGUUGAAGAGACUGACCAUCAUCCUGAUGUCCUGUUGAAUGAACCCUGA